AUGAUUCAGGGUUCGGCCUAUAAAAAACUAUCAUCAAGCUCUGCACAGGACAAUGUAAUUUCUAGCGUUAUGGCCAAUUCGACUUUAACCAUUUUGGAAUUGGAGGACCACUCGAUCGGAUCCAACGGAGCUCAGGCGCUAUCUAAGGCACUCAAGACCAACUCGAACCUGACGACUUUGUGCUUGCAGAACAACUGGAUCGGUGAAAAUGGAGCUCAGGCGCUGUCUGGGGCACUCAAGACCACCUCAACUCUGACCACUUUGAACUUGGAGGAACAACUCAAUCGGAGCCAACAGAGCUCUGGCGCUGUCUAA